AAAAGCGGUUCAGCAUCCACACUUGUGCCACUGUUAACAAUACUGUAUUCUCACGAUCGUGUUGUCGUUGGCAUUUUCUUGCAUUUCCAGUGGCCUCCCCGCUUAAGCGCCAGAGCGGUGAACUGACUGAACGUCAAUGGAUGACUAACCUGGAAAAACAAACGACUUGCGAGCGAAUAUUUCAAGUGGCCAAUCGGGGUGAGCGCGUGCUGCUUCGCGAGGAAAAGAAGCCAUCUGUGUCGUGUGCGUGCGUGCGUGUGCGUGCGUUUGCGUCUCUGGGCUCCCCUCCCCCCUUCGGUAUUGCUCUCCCUCUCCGUGCCCGGCUGGCUGGCUUGCUUCUUGCUUGCUUCCUUCUCCCUCCCUGGCUGACUCAAGCGUGUGGCCGUGCUGAGCGGUGUUGGCGGCUCCACAACAUCAGCCGCAGCGAGCGCGCGGAGAGAGAGAGAGGGGGGAGAGAGAGAGAGAGAGGCAGAGAGAAAAAGAGAGAGAGACGACUUCACUUUUUGAAGCCGUGGCAUGAAUGAUCUCAUCGGAACCUUCUGCUCCGCUUUCGCCGCCGACGAUCCUAUGAGUGAGACCGGAAGAAAAUAAGACAGACGACAUGUUUCCAAAGGGCACCAAGCGCAAGUUUUUAGACUCUGCGGAGGACGCGGCGACAGCGACGCUAGCCGGCGAGCAGAGCCGGACGCCGUCGCCCUCGUACAGCCUCCAGCGCCAGUCCCUCCUGGACAUGUCGCUCAUCAAACUGCAGCUGUGCCACAUGCUGGUGGAACCCAAUUUGUGCCGCUCGGUGCUCAUCGCCAACACGGUGCGACAGAUCCAGGAGGAAAUGACGCAGGACGGCACCUGGCAGAUCAUGACGCAGGCCCUGGCCGCCGCGCAGUGCCCGACCGACCGCCUGGUGGCCACCGAGGUGCUGUGCCGGCAGUCGGACCCGGCGGCCGGCCAGAGCCCCAAGCCCUACCCUCUGGUGGGGGGCCUGGACAGGGGGUACCACUCGGAGGAGGUGGUGAUGGAAGCGGGUGACGCCCACAAGGAGGCCCCGCCCACGCAGUCCUACCUGGCGGCCCCCUUCGGGAUGAGCCCCUGCUGGGAGGAGGAGCAGCAGCAGCAGCAGCAGCAGGAGGAGGAGGAUGAUGAGGAGGACGGCGGCGGCGAGGAGGACGAGGACGGCGAGGAGUCGGAGGCCGAGGACGCGGACGAGCGCCCCGAGGUGGAUUCCAGGCCGGGCGAGCAGGUUUUCGGCACCUUUGAGAUCAAGCAGCAGCCGCCGCCCCCGCCGGACCCGGCGCUGGAGGAGCUCUUCUCGGACGUGGACCCGUCCUACUACGAGCUGGACACGGUGCUGACGGGCAUGCAGAGCGCCCCCAAGAUGGGACCUUACGACCUGCUGGAGAGCCUCUCCUCCCACGGGCCGCAGCCGCUCAGCCCCGGCGCCAGCUGCCGGUCGGACCUCAACGAACUGGACCACAUCAUGGAGAUUAUCGUGGGCUCCUGAAGCUCGGUGCCGCCGUGGACUUCUUGAAUGUGCUUUUGUUACGCAGACGCAUUGUGGGAGGGGCAAAAGUGGCAAAUGAUCUGCGAGCCAAAAAAAACAUUUUUCGGAUCGGCAGCUCCCGUUGGGACUUUGUUUUUUUUUUUGUUUCUUCUUCAUUCGUUCAGUAUAUUCCAAACACGGAGGUCCCGUUCACAAGUAGGCUUUGAAAGGGGGAGGGGGGGGGACGUUUCCAGCUGAAUGAAGUUAAACGGGGGCAAGGUUUUCCAGACUGGAAACUUUCCGUGGCCAUUGAGGGGAAAUUUCACGCAAAGUUCAAACGGAAGCACCAAUCCCAUCAGGGGACCUCCAUGCAAAGUCGAUGGCUCCUCUUGCCCACUUGUGAGGGCAUCGCAGGGCCUGAAUUGCCACCCCCCCCCCCCCACUUGACUCGAGCUGUGGUGUCGCAGAAGCGGAAUUUGCCACAUGGAAGACCAAGCCAAAAGAAAUCUUCCAAUGACGGCUCGUAACUCUUAAAAACUCGUAAAAUUGGGGAAUUUGGCAGCCGCUGUACUUUUAUGAAAUCGGAUCAAGUCUGGAUUAGAAUGGACCCGCGCUCACGUAGCCGAUUUUUGGAUGUAUGACGGACAAAACCGGUCACUGAAUCAUCAUCUGUUGGGGGGUGGGGGGGGGUGUUCCGUUGAAUCUGUUUCAACUGUUGUUAAACGGUAGCCAAUUCACAACAAAAAUGGUUUCAUCGCCCAUCGCGGAAUGAAUUUCAGCGCUCAAAUAACCCAUCCUAAAAAAAAAAAAACGUGUCAAUUCCUCCUGAAUUUCCACGGAAGCUUUCAAAGUCUUUCCCAUUUCCGCAAGUCCAUUUGCAACAGUUGGUUUUCUUCCAUUUUGUGUGUGUUCCCCCCACCCCCCAUGUUUACGUCCGGUGCGCAAGCUCGUGCUCGUCGUCCUAUUUAUUGGAGUUCUUCACACUACAGCGGCGAUCCAGAACAAACGUCCAAAUCCAUGACGUCAUGCAUAUUUUCCUAACGAUUUGCGCAAUUAUGAAUGGAAUAUGUAUAUGUACUUAUGUAAAUAGAAAUAUAUUUUUUUGCAUUAUUACGGGCGGGGGGUGGGGGGGGGGUUUGCAAGUAUCAUUUGAUAAUUCCUUAUUUUUUUGGGGGGGGGGCGGGGGGGAUUUUAACAUAGUCACAUUUGAGACGUGAGCGUCUUCCCGAGCUUUUUUUGCCUUGGUCAAGUUUUUACGCUGAUUUCACUUCACUCGCUCCAAAGUUUUUUGUUUUUUUUUAACUACAAUUUUUUUUUUUUUUAUCCAACCCAGGGAAGCAAAACCACAGCUUGCCAUCCUGCUCAUCCAGAAGAAGCCAUAUUGCUAAUUUAUUCUUUCUCUCUGUCUCUCUUUGUUUUUUUUAAUUUAUUGUAUUUAUUCUAUCUGUAGGUACAUCUACGCCACACACGUCAAUCAUUCGGCCCAAAUGACAAUUUGUCACGUCAUGCCCCCCCCCCCCCCCCCGACCCCCUCCCCAAACAGCGAGUGCAGUACCUAUUUAUUAUUCCAUUUAGUUUUAAUAAUCACAAGAACCGGGUCACAAUUCCAAUCACUAUGCAGCUCCGUCAUGCGCGUUACAAAAAUGAUUGUAUACGACUCCAAUGUCCUUUAAAGUCCUUUUUAUGCAAACGGUUGCCUUUCUACAAAAUGGCUGCUCAAAGCGGCAGCGAAGAAACAAAAGAGGAGGCGGCGACGGUGGAGAACUCAGGCUAUGUAAACACGUAUUGACAAACACACACAUACACACACACACACACACACACACAAAAGUUCAGUAUUACACACGCGCGCACGCGUACAUUCACACUCCUGAAGGAUGUCACUCACGCUGGUUGCAAUGGGAGCUAGAACUUCAAAGACUUAUUACUACCGUUGUCACAAAAAAAAAUGUAUGCAUUUUUUUAUAUCCAGACAAAAAAACUUGUAGCGUCUUUGUAAAUAUUUUUUUAUAAUAAAAGAUGCAACUAUUG